CGUUCUCAGCGGAGCACCCGCCCCUCCCUUUCCGGUCGGGUCCGCCCCGCGUCUGUGUCCCCACGUGUGCUCGGGCUGAAGAGCGGGUGUGAGAGUCGGCGCUCCGGGCUGUGAGCCUGUGGAGUCUGGAGUGCGGAAGUCCUCCGUGGCCCCUAGGACUUCACCAUGCCUAAAGCACCAAAGGGAAAAAGUGCGGAACGAGAAGAAAAAAUCAUCCACCCAUAUAGUAGAAAAGCUGCUCAAAUUACAAGAGAGGCCCAUAAACAAGAAAGAAAGGAAAAAUUGAAGAAUGAAAAGGCCUUACGUCUCAGCCUUAUUGGUGAAAAACUGCAGUGGUUUCAAAAUGAACUGGAUCCCAAAAAAAUGAGAUAUUCAAAGAAAGAUGCUUGUGAAUUAAUUGAAAGGUAUUUAAAUCGAUUCAGCAGUGAGCUGGAGCAGAUUGAGUUACACAACAGCAUCAAGGACAGGCAGGGAAGGCGACACCACGCCCGGGAGAUGGUCAUCAAGCAGACAGUGGAGCGUGAGCGACAGCAGUAUGCAGGCUACGGCCUUGAGAUUCCAGAUAUUUUACAUUCAAGUAGUCUGAAAACCUUUAGGGAAUGGGAUUUGGAUCUGAAGAAAUUGCCAAACAUUAAAAUGAGAAAACUUUGUGCUAAUGAUGCAGUUGCUAAGAAGCACAAGAAGAAAACUCAGAAUUUAACUAUAGACAAAGAUUUAGGGCAACUGGAACUAAAAGGGGAAUCAGGUGACUCCGAUGAAGAAAUGACUCCUGUGGCCUAAUUGUCCUUACUUGAGUUGAAAAUAAGUAAGAUGAGAACUUCAAGUCACACUCAUUACUCAUGAGAAAUAAUUAUCUAGUAUUUGCUGUUUAACUCAUUCUCUAUCAUAAUGUGAAUCACAUUUGCAGUUUCAAAGAUGUUAUUGUAAUUUUUAUUUAAAAAUGAAAACUGUUUCAUUUAUAUCAGUUUGCUAAAAUAGAAGAUAGUAGGGUAGGGACAGGGAUUUAGCUCAGUGGUUCCACUGCCUGCCUUGCAAACACAAGGUCCCAAGUUUGAUCCCGAGUACCAAAAAAAAAAAAAGAUAUAUUCUCUUUUUCGUAACUGUAACAAAAUACGGGAGGCUGGGUAACUUAUAAAGAAAAGGAGUUUAUUUAGUUCAUGGUUUUGGAGGCAGAAUGUCUAGACAGCACAGUGCUGUCUCUGGCAAGGCCUCCUCUUGCUGCUACACGUCAUGGUGUGGUUGUCACAGUGGUGGGAGGGAAAGAUCACAUGGCAAGAUAGGAAGCCAGAAAAUGGAAGGGUCCAGUAGUGACAUCCCACCAGGCCCUGAGAGAAUUAAAUGAUUUCAGGUUAGCUUCAUUUGAUUAUAUAUUAUUUUCUGCUUUCUCAUUGUAAAAAGUGAUAGGUUUUAUUUAGACCUAAAGGUUAGAGAACUAAUGAUUAUAAUUGUUACUUCUAAGAGAUACAUUACUUACUUAAAUUAAUGUAUUAAACAGUAUUUCAAGUGUCAUGACAGACAUGGAUACUCUAGAAUUUUGUUCUUCAAAUAACACGAAAUGCUCAUCUGUUAAUCUGUCUUUUAAAGGAUGCAAGUAUAAGUUUUCAAGGAAAAUGCUGUGUGAGAUUAGGUAUCAACUAAAUUAUUAACAAUUUAUGUAAAGUUUAACAACUUUUAUACUUCUGAAGAUUAAAAAAUUUCUAUAACUAUUUCUUAAAGUUCCAAUUAUUUAGUUUUCAAUAACUGUGCUUCAGUAAUAUUUGUAAAAGUGUGGUCUUAUUAUUAAACUGAUAUAUCUUUAAUUAUUGGCAGGCUUCUUCUCUUCCUGUUUGUAUGUUCAUAUAACGUCUC